UUCUUUCCCACUCACCCAUGAGUCCCAAAAGAGAAAGAUGGAAAGAGCACAUGUGAAAACUGAGAUGAGGGGAAGGCUGAAGACAAUGACUUCACUUCUGUUUGCCCUGUAAAUUCCCCGUUUCAUCAAAUACAACGCAUUGUUUCAAAUAAAUUAUAUCAUUCUGUGAUCGGUGGAGUCUCUGUUGGCUCUGAAAGUGGAAUAUGACCUGAUUGAAAGCUUUUUAAAAGAGUAAAUGUGUGACUCCGAUUCCUUUUUUUCAAGUCAAGUGAUUCAAGUUAUCAAGAGAUUCAGUCUCUUAACUUGUGGUUUAUAUGCUUAUCUUAGAGAUUUUAUUUCCCCCCCCCAAUUUUAAUAUUUAUGCUGUUGUGUUUUGAGAAAAGUGUGAACAGACAAGUCACCUAAGAAUUAAGUUUUCAACAGCCUUUUUAUUUCAGUGUUGUAGUUCAGGUUGCAAGUAAUCUGAGUAUCUGUUGGAAUACAUGCUUUUGUCAUAAAAAAUAUGCCUUAAGAUGUUGGGUUUUGUGCAAACUGGAUCAAAGUUUGACAUCUGAACAUUGUGUUUUGUUAGGAAAUGUAUGCCUGGGGAAGAGGAGCUGCCUAAUGGAUCAUGGCUCUGAUGGUCUCGGGGCAUACUUUAUUUCUAGCGUUAAUGAUGGUUGCUGUCUUCACUUUUGAAGAAUCUGUAAGGAAUUACUCUGACUGGGUGACUUUCAUAGAGGAUAUAGAUCAAUAUGAAAAACAGAAACUUGAAGGUCUUAGUGCUGAGCAGAAGCUGAAAAAAACCGUUCUUCAUCCAAGCUUGUAUUUCAAUGCUGAAGAUGUUCAGGUGCUGAGGCAGAAGGCUCACACCAGUCAUUCCCAUCUAUUCAGAGCCAUCAGAAGUGCGGUGAUGGUUAUGCUCUCCAACCCAUUGUACUACCUACCUCCACCCAAGCAUGUGGAUUUUGCUGCUAAGUGGAAUGAGAUUUAUGGUAACAAUCUGCCACCUCUAGCAUUUUAUUGUUUGCUCUGCCCCGAAGAUAAAGCUGCAUUUGAUUUUGCCCUAGAGUAUAUGGAUAGAAUGGCUGGCUACAAAAACUGGUUGGUUGAGAAUGCACCUGGAGAUGAAGUCCCACUUGGUCACUCCCUAACAGGAUUUGCCACUGCUUUUGACUUCUUGUAUAAUUCACUGGAAAAUGAGAGAAGGCAAAAAUACCUGGAGAAGAUAUUGUCUGUAAGUGAGGAGAUGUAUGAGUACUCAAAGGUUCGCUCCUGGGGAAAGCAGCUUCUCCAUAAUCACCAAGCAACCAAUAUGCUUGCAUUACUUAUUGGGGCUUUAGUUUCAGGGGGAGACAAAGAAUCUCAGGCAAAUAUUUGGAAACACACUGUUGUGGAUGUGAUGGAGAAAACAAUGUUUCUGCUCAACCAUGUUGUAGAUGGGUCUCUGGAUGAGGGAGUAGCCUACGGGAGUUAUACAGCCAAGUCAGUAACACAGUAUGUUUUCCUGGCCCAGCGCCACUUUGGUAUUAACAACCUGGGCAAUAACUGGCUCAAAAUGCACUUUUGGUUUUACUAUGCCACCCUCUUACCAGGCUUUCAGAGGACUGUGGGCAUUGCAGAUUCUAAUUACAACUGGUUUUAUGGUCCUGAGAGCCAACUGGUUUUCUUGGAUAAGUUUAUCCUGAGGAAUGGAGCUGGCAACUGGCUAGCACAGCAGAUUAGAAAACACAGACCCAAGGAUGGGCCCAUGGUGCCAUCCACUGCACAGAGGUGGAGCACACUGCACACUGAAUUUAUAUGGUAUGCUGCUGAAAUCACUCCUCAGCCACCUCCUGACUAUGGCACUGCUAAAAUGCAUGUGUUUCCUAACUGGGGAGUUGUUACUUAUGGCGCUGGAUUGCCAAACAGUCAGACAAACACUUUUGUGUCCUUUAAGUCUGGAAAACUUGGUGGGCGUGCUGUCUAUGAUAUUGUUCACUUUCAGCCAUAUGCCUGGAUUGAUGGCUGGAGAAGUUUUAACCCAGGACAUGAACACCCUGAUCAGAACUCUUUCACUUUUGCUCCCAAUGGACAGGUGUUUGUAUCUGAGGCUCUUUACGGACCUAAACUCAGCCACCUAAACAAUGUCUUGGUCUUUUCUCCAUCUCCUACAAGCCAGUGCAACCAGCCUUGGGAAGGACAGCUUGGUGAAUGUGCCCAGUGGCUGAAGUGGAUUGGUGAUGAAGUUGGAGACUCAACUGGAGAAAUUAUAACAGCCUCCCAGGCUGGAGACAUGAUGUUUGUGAGUGGUGAGGCAGUAUCUGCUUACUCAUCAGCAAUGAAACUGAAAAGCGUUUAUCGCGUUUUGCUGCUCUUAAAUUCUCAGACCUUGUUAGUAGUAGACCAUAUCGAGAAAGAGGAAGACUCUCCUGUUGAUUCUGUCAGUGCCUUUUUUCAUAACCUUGACAUUGAUUUUAAAUACAUACCCUACAAAUUUAAGAACAAAUACAGUGGAGCUAUGAUGGAUGUGUGGGAUGCCCACUACAAGAUGUUUUGGUUUGAUCAUCAUGGGAGUAGUCCUGUUGCUAGGAUACAGGAGGCAGAACAAGCUGCUGAAUUCAAAAAGAGAUGGACUCAGUUUGUAAAUGUUACCUUUCCCAUGAAAAGCACCCUUACAAGGAUCGUUUACCUUUUCUAUGGCCCAUAUGUCAAUGUUUCUAAUUGCAGACUCACAGAUAAUGCAAAAUCUGGAUUUCAGAUUUCGCUCAGUGUCAACAACACUGAAAAUACCAUCUCGGUUGUGACCGACUAUCAGAAUUUAAAGACAAGGUUUGAUUAUUUGGGAUUUGGUGGUUUUGCCAAAGUAGUUCAUGAAAACAGAGUGACCAGGUUUGGCCUAGGUACUGAAUCUGUGAAAAAACUGGUAAAAAACAAUAGGGUGGUAUUCCCAUUUGGAUUCAAAGUGAACGUCAUUGCAGGGUUAGUUUUGGGCAUCAGUUUGGUCGUACUGGCUUUUCAGUGGCGGUUUUACAUAUCCUUUGGUAAAAUGUUGCGUUGGAUCCUGGUGCUGGUUGUCACACUGUGGCUUAUUGAAUUGGUGGAUGUGUGGAGCAUGUGUACUCAACCCAUCUGUGCAAAAUGGAGCAGUGACAUGACGAGGCUGGAGCAUGAUAAAGGCAAUAAAGCCAAACAAUUAGAAGGAAACCCUGUUGUUUUGCCAGAUGUUAUCAUUACUUCACUUCCCACUUCUGGGGCAGAAAUAUUAAAACAGCUGUUUUUCAACAGCAGUGACUUCUUAUACAUCAGGAUACCUACACCCUAUCUUGAAAUCCCUGAGACUGAAUUUGAAAUUGAUUCCUUUGUAGAUCCAUGUGAAUGGAAGGUUUCUGAUGUCCAGAAUGGUCAUUUCCGUCUUAUCCAAGGCUGGCUCCAGUCUCUAGUUCAAGGCACAAAGCUGCACUUACAAAACAUUCGUUUACAUGAAGCCAGCAGAAGUAAAAUUGCUCAGCAUUCUGCCAUAAGCAAAGACAAAAAGAAAAGAUCAAAAAAAAGAGAAUCUCUGUCAGAACAAAGAGGCAGGGCAAGAGGGAGUCAAGAUAAAGAUGCUGAACAUAUUAGGGAACUGAGAAGACAUCUCAUCUAUUACCCUAAUGCAAGACCUGUGCUUAGUUUAAGUAGUGGAAGCUGGACAUUAAAACUUCCCUUCUUCCAGGAAAUCCUGGGACCAACAAUGAGAGCAUUAUAUGUAGUAAGGGAUCCACGGGCAUGGAUCUAUUCAAUGCUAUACAAAAGUAAGCCAAGCCUUUACUCCUUGAAGAACGUUCCACAACACUUGGCUGCAAUAUUUAAAGGGGAGAAUGGUAAAGGGAAAUGUAAUUUAAAUGAAGGGUAUGCCUCUGAGUAUGAAUCGUUAAGGAAAGAACUUUCAAAUUCAAAUUCAAAUGCUGUUUCUGUGUUAUCCCAUUUAUGGUUAGCAAACACAGCAGCAGCACUGCGAAUAAACAGCAACUUGCUGCCAACUAAUUAUCAGCUGGUCAAGUUUGAAGACAUUGUGAGCUUUCCUCAGAAGACGGCUGAAACAAUUUUUGCCUUUCUUGGUAUUCCUCUUCCUCCUGCUAGCUUAAACCAAAUAUUGUUUGCCACCUCCACCAAUCUUUUCUAUCUUCCUUAUGAAGGGGAAAUUUCACCAAGUAGCAUUCAUGCCUGGAAAGAAAACAUGCCCAGUGAAGAGAUUAGACAGAUUGAAGAUAUUUGUUGUUCUCUAAUGGACCAUUUAGGAUACCCAAAGUUUAUAGAAUAAAUGCUGCCGGUCAGCAGAAAUUUGCACUAAUGAUCUCUUGACUCCCAAUUUGUGGAUAAAUAUUGGAGAAGUUUGUUUAUUCUUGUAAAAUGUGUACAGUCUGCUACUUUCAGAGAGAUUUUUUUAAGAAAUAGAUAGCUGUUCCUGCAACUGUGGUUGGUUUUUGUGGGGGUCUUUUGUUAUUGUUGUUUUUUUUUGCUUGUUUCCUUUGUGAUUUUGUUUUUGUUUAGUUUGUGUUUUUGUUUUGUUGGGUUUAUUUGUUUGUGUUUUUUUAAAUAACAAACACCACCUUGUAACUAUUUUUGCUGCCUUUCAA